AUGGACGACCUCCAGUCCCUCGAACACCUCUCCCUCAUCUCGCGCAUAACAAACGAACUCCAAAACCACCUUGGUGUAAGCGACAAAGUCCUCGCCGAGUUUGUCGUCGACCAACACCUAAAAUGCGCGUCGUUCGCCGAAUUUAAGAGUAUGCUCGAGGGCAUGGGCGCUGAGUUCCCGAUGAGUUUGAUGGAGAGUGUGGAUCGGUUGGUUCUUACGAUGCACCCGAGCUAUAAAAAUCGGAACAAGGAUAAAUCGCAUGAAGAUGGAGACGGUGCGGGAGCGGGAGAUGAUAUGGAUGCGUUGAAUGCGUUGGAGAAGAAGGCACGGGUUUUCAAGGGGUUAGCUGUGCCGGAUCGCGAUGGGGGUUGGGCAGAGGAGGAGUAUACGGAAGCUAAUGGGAAUGGUGCUGAAGAGGGGGAUGCGAAGGAUAGUGCGAUGGAUGAUACAUUUGCGAUGUUGGAGGGGUUGGCGGGGAAGGCAAGGACGAAAACGACGACCGAGUCAAGGCCGAAUAUUGAUAAUGAGAAAAGGAAGCGGAGUCGGAGCCCGGAACAUGAUGAUUAUAGUCGGCGAAGGCGAAAAGACAGAUAUCGGUCGAGGUCGAGAUCACGCAGCCCGGUCUACAAUAAGAGGGAUGAGGAUGGAGUUGAUGAGUUUGGCCGGUCGAAGGGAAGGUAUAGCUCCCGAGACGAUGAAUACCGCAAUGGUCGGAGCGAGCGGCGGGGUCGGCGACGCGAUGACGAUGAUUACUUCCGCAAAGCGCCGCCUGCUGAGCUGGAUGACCAGCCCGUUCUGUACAAGGUCUACGAUGGGCGAGUUACGGGUGUGAAGGACUUUGGCGCGUUUGUAAAUCUACCAGGGGUCAAGGGAAAGGUCGAUGGACUGGUGCAUGUUUCUGCAAUGCAGGAGGGUGUGCGGGUCAACCACCCCUCUGAUUUGGUCUCUCGCGGUAAGCCUGUCAAGGUCAAAGUGAUCAGUAUACAAGGUUCACGCAUAGGCCUGUCCAUGAAGGAGGUGGACCAGGAAACUGGGCGAGACCUCAUUCCUCAGAAGCGCCUUGCAUCCGGAGCUAAUAUGGAACGGCUGGAUGGCAUGCCGUCAAACGAUAGAUACGGCAACCUUAGCUCAGAUGUUCCUAUCAUCGAGGAGGACGGCGGUAGGCCGAUGAAAAACCGAAAACGCUUGACAUCGCCAGAGCGGUGGGAAAUAAAGCAGCUCAUCGCGUCCGGAGCUGUCUCGGCAGCUGAUUAUCCUGAUAUUGACGAAGAGUACCACGCAACCCUGACCGGAGAGGGCACUUUCGAAGAAGAAGAGGAUAUCGACAUUGAGGUUAAGGAUGAAGAACCUCCUUUCCUGGCAGGCCAGACGAAGAUGUCGCUAGAAUUGUCCCCGAUUCGGGUUGUCAAGGCUCCAGAUGGAUCUAUGAAUCGCUCAGCAAUGGCGGGAACAAAUUUGGCUAAAGAGCGGAGAGACCUCAGACAACAGGAGGCCCAAGACAAAGCAGCAGAACGAGCAGCGGAUGUGGACCUCAAUGCACAGUGGCAAGAUCCCAUGGCUAAUGAGCGGCAAUUUGCGGCGGAUCUUCGCUCAACCCAGCAAGCCACUACGGAUGAAGCUGUCCCAGAAUGGAAGAGAGUUACCAUGGGCAAGAACCAGUCAUUUGGAAAACGAACGAAUAUGUCGAUCAAGCAGCAGCGCGAGAGUUUGCCUGUGUUCAAGUUCCGCCAGCAGCUGCUGGAGGCCGUAGCCGAGAACCAGUUGAUGAUUGUUGUCGGUGACACAGGAUCUGGAAAGACUACGCAAGUGACGCAGUACCUGGCCGAGGGCGGCUGGGCUAACAAUGGAAUUAUUGGUUGUACACAACCUCGCCGUGUCGCCGCAAUGUCAGUUGCUAAGCGUGUGGCCGAGGAGGUGGGCUGCAAACUUGGAGCAGAGGUUGGGUAUACCAUUCGUUUCGAAGAUUGCACCAGCCCAGACACCAAGAUCAAGUACAUGACGGAUGGCAUGUUACAGAGAGAGGUCUUGUUGGAUCCGGAUCUAAAAAAAUAUUCAGUGAUCAUGCUUGACGAGGCCCACGAGCGCACAAUCGCAACAGAUGUUCUUUUUGGACUGCUGAAGAAAACGCUAAAGCGGAGACCAGACUUGAGGCUUAUCGUCACUUCUGCGACAUUGGAUGCAGAUAAAUUCUCAGAGUACUUCUACGGCUGCCCUAUCUUCUCGAUUCCUGGACGAACAUAUCCUGUGGAGAUCAUGUACUCGAAAGAACCCGAGUCAGACUAUCUGGAUGCAGCUCUUAUCACUGUCAUGCAGAUUCAUCUGACUGAGCCCCCCGGUGACAUGCUUCUGUUUUUGACAGGCCAAGAAGAGAUUGACACGGCGUGUGAGAUACUGUAUGAGCGAAUGAAAGCUUUAGGGCCAAGUGUUCCAGAGUUGGUUAUCCUUCCUGUCUACUCUGCGCUACCUAGUGAAAUGCAGAGUAGAAUCUUCGACCCUGCCCCUUCCGGCGGCCGGAAGGUUGUUAUUGCGACGAACAUUGCCGAAACCUCGAUCACGAUUGACAAUAUUUACUAUGUUAUUGAUCCAGGUUUUGUGAAGCAAAACGCCUAUGACCCUAAGCUUGGUAUGGAUUCCCUAGUCGUGACGCCUAUCUCACAAGCACAGGCCAAGCAACGUGCUGGUCGUGCUGGAAGAACCGGCCCUGGAAAAUGUUUCCGAUUAUACACCGAAGCCGCAUAUCAAUCAGAGAUGUUACCAACUACAAUCCCUGAAAUUCAACGACAAAAUCUUUCGCAUACUAUCCUCAUGCUCAAAGCCAUGGGCAUUAACGACCUACUACAUUUCGACUUCAUGGACCCCCCUCCAACGAACACCAUGCUUACUGCCCUCGAAGAACUCUAUGCAUUGUCAGCGCUCGACGACGAAGGCCUUCUGACCCGUCUAGGUCGCAAAAUGGCCGAUUUCCCAAUGGAACCUGCCCUUGCUAAGGUCCUAAUCGCCUCAGUAGACCUUGGGUGUUCUGAAGAACUUCUCAGCAUCGUCGCCAUGCUCUCUAUCCAGUCAGUUUUCUACCGCCCCAAAGAAAAACAACAACAAGCGGACCAGAAGAAAGCCAAGUUCCAUGACCCGCACGGCGACCACCUAACGCUACUGAACGUAUACAAUGCCUGGAAAAAAUCCAAUUUCAACAAUGCCUGGUGCUUUGAGAAUUUCAUUCAAGCCCGGCAGAUCCGCCGUGCGCAAGACGUCCGUCAGCAACUGCUAGGCAUCAUGCAACGCUACCACCACAAGAUCGUCUCAUGCGGUCGCAACACAACGAAGGUCCGUCAAGCGCUCUGCACGGGGUUCUUCCGAAAUGCAGCCCGCAAGGACCCCACUGAGGGCUACAAGACACUCGUCGAGGGCACGCCUGUCUAUAUGCAUCCUAGCUCUGCGAUGUUUGGCAAGCCCGCUGAGCACGUCAUCUACCACACACUCGUCCUCACGACGAAGGAGUACAUGCACUGCACGACCGGGAUCGAGCCGAAGUGGCUUGUCGAGGCGGCGCCGACAUUCUUCAAGGUCGCGCCAACGGACCGACUGUCGAAGAGGAAGAAGGCCGAGCGGAUUCAGCCGCUGCAUAAUCGGUUUGCGGGCGAGGAUGAUUGGCGGCUGUCUGCGCAGAAAAGACAGGGUCGUGGUGGUGGUGGUGGGACUUGGGGAUAG